CGUCGAUACAUUUGCUUCUUGCUAGGUAUCUGCAUAUAACUCGCUCAUCCCAGAUUGGUUACAUUAUCAGUCUCGCAGCAUGCCCUCAGCGACAGGAACCAAGCGCGUCAGAGGCGUUUCUGUCUUCCGGCCAUUCGUCUUCGGCAGCGAAGCCCAACCCUUCGACCCAGCCAAGAAACCCCCCAACGUCCCAGCCGACCACACGCACCAGUGGCGCGUAUUCGUCAAAGGCGUCAACGGCGAAGACAUCUCCUACUGGCUAAAGAAAGUGCAAUUUAAGCUCCACGAGACUUACGCACAGAACGUGCGGACGAUCGAACAGGCCCCCUUCGAAGUCACCGAGACCGGAUGGGGUGAAUUCGAGAUUCAGAUCAAGCUAUAUUUUGUUCCGGAAUCGACCGAGAAGCCGCAGACUCUAUGGCAUAGUUUGAAGUUGCACCCGUAUGGGCCGGACGCGGAAGCGAAGAAAGAGCGCCGCGAGCUGGUAAUCAGUCAGAACUAUGAGGAGGUGGUGUUCAAUGAGCCCGUGGAGCAGUUUUAUGAGCUCUUGACGGGUGGUACGGGCGCAGCAGGGCAACCGCAGAAGGGGAAGGGUGGCAAGAAUACCAAGCAGGCGCAGCAGCAGCAGAAGGGGGUCAGGACGGCUGAGAUUCCGGUUAAUUCGUCCGCGGACAAUCCGUAUAGUCGCACGACGGAGAGUAGUGAAAUGGAUCGGUUAGGGGAGGCGAAUAAGACAGUUGAGCAGAUGAUCAAACAGGAGAGGGAACGAUUGAUUGAGCGGGAGAAGAGGUUGGCGGAAUUGCGUGCGAGUGAGGGCGUGCCGGCUACUACGAAGAAGCGUUAAGUGCCGAGAAGAUGAGGACGUGGAUGUUUGGAUUACACGUCUUAAGGCGUUACUCGCGUGUUGAUACGCUUCGGUUGCCCAGCUGGCGUGGCUAUUGUCCGAUGAGACUUGGGAUCUUCUUGCUGGCAUUGAUAUCCAGGGUUCCCCGAAGUACUCCCUUUUUAGGGUGGGAUAAGGCACAUUCUCAGUGGCCUUGGGAGACCCCGAAGGUCCCAUGACCCUGGUAUGCUGAGCCUUCGC